GUAACGUAUCUAUCUAAGUAGCCCAGCCCGGCCGUGGCAUUUCGGCCUCAUAACUAAUAAAACAUGAUCCGUCCCCGUGGUAUAUAUGACGUUCGUCCAUCCAGCCAUUCAUCUAUGUACCAGCAGUAUGAAUACAUGGAUAUACAGGCAUAUCUCAUGCCGUUGCAGAAAGUGGAGAGUGUGAUUCGGGGGAGAGGGAGAGAAAACAAGAAACAACAAAAACAAAAUAAGCUAAUAUAUGGGGAUCAUUCAUGUGUGCCUCCAUUUUUGUGCCAAAAACGCCGAAACCCCGGGUAUCCGCUGAUGAUACCGAAAAGAGGAAGAGAGAAAAGUAAAACAAGACCCAAGAAUGUAAAAAAAGCAGGAUGUCAAAAUGGAAGAGAAGCCAAAAUGUCUUGGUAUGACGACAACAACGUCCGGUUGCGUCGUUGUCGGUUUGGUUGCUUGCGGAGAAAAAGCCGAGAACUGGGCGGUUCAUGUCGGGAAUACAAUGUCGAUAUCCAAACAUUCCCGGCCCGACAAGAACUAGAGAAGCUCGAGAAAGGAACGAAACGAGCCGAGCAAGCGUUGGCUUCUCUUCGGUCGGAUCAAAGGCCGAAUGGGGAUAAAGACAUGGCCCACAUGAGAUGCGUGCGUUGUUGUGCAGUAGUCGUAGUCGGAAUAGAGCCGAGAAAAGAUAACCAUAUCCAUGUCAUCUUUUUUUUUUCUUGACGGGGACCACUUUCUAGUCGUGAUGGUGAUGCAUGAGAAAGUGGUUGGAGGUGAGUGAGACGAGAGAGACAAAGAAUGUGAAUAUGGCCCGUGGACGUCGUGAUUGGUAAGGCGGGAUAAGCCAAACAUGCCACUGCUGCAUAUCUUCCCCCCAAUCAAGGUCUCUCAAGUGAUUCGUAGAGUUGACUUUUGAUCGAGAUAGGCAUGGUUUCGAUCAUCUUUUUCCUUUUCUCCUUGUUGGAUUGCAUGGCUUUUUGAUGGUGACUCUACAGGCCACAAUCUUCAAAGUCGCGGAUCAUGAUGGCCAUCUGAGCUCGCUUUGCAGCCUCGGCAAUGAGUGUAAAGUCUUGAAGGAAAGGAGCGGUUGAUGGGUUGUUGCCUUGGGUGGGAGCUGGCUGAGGAACCAUCUGGACAGAAGGAGACUGUUGAGCCGAAGAGUUGGAGGUUGAAGGGGCAUCCAUUGUUGGUAGUUGAUAUUGAUAGAUAGUGACGGACAGACAAUAUUGUUUGUUUGUAUAUGGAAGCGAGUGAUGCUUGUG